AUGGGGCUAAGCCUUAGCGCCAUAAAUCAUUACGUUCUUCCCUCGCCUCGCUCGAGAAAACCUAUCGUAUAUUAUCCACUUUCCAGUCCCGUGGCCGCACUGGCCGCUGCCAAAGUGAUUGAAUGGACACUGACGGCUGCAAGCUGGAACGGAACCGUUGUCCAGUCGUCAGCUGUUGCAGUGCUGCUGCAACGGCGUCGUCUUCCGCUGGAACGUCGCGUACUCGCGUCGUCGUCCUCUUUGCGGCUGAUAACGGUUAUCUCGGUGGUGCCAUUAUCACACGACAUACAAUCUCAGUUAGGUUUGUUGUUCUAA